UCAUACCCGAACUGUAUUGGAAACCAACCAGAUACAGGAGACACUACAUGGGUCUUGCUAUCAACUAUAUUGGUGUUGGGAAUGAUGCCAGCACUGGCCUUCUUUGAAGCCGGUCUGUUGAGAUCAAAGAACACAUUGUCCAUUAUAACCCAGAUCAUCUCUGGUAUAGUCGUGCUGACGGUGAUGUGGCAGGCGUUUGGUUUCUCGCUGACGUUCGGUCCGGACCAAGCGGGCAUCAUCGGAAACCUGGACCACGCCUUCCUCAUUGGCGUCAGCUACAACGACUGCAACCCGAAUGCACCGCACAUCCCGGCGGCCGCCUACGCCAUGUUCAUGAUGAUGUUUGCCAACAUCACACCACUGUUGAUGACUGGCGCGUAUGCCGAGCGCGUCAAGUACCGCUCCUUCAUCGUCCUCACCAUCUUUUGGGAGAUCAUCGUCUUCUACCCCGUAGCCCAUUGGAUCUGGGGAGGUGGAUGGAUGCAGAAAAUGGGUGUCCUCGACUUUGCUGGAGGCAUUGUCAUUCAUACUACCGCUGGUGUCAGUGGUACCAUCAUUGCUAUAUACUUGGGAAAGAGAAAGGGAUUUGAGAAGUAUGGAGGCGAAUUCCCUCCUUCAAACAUUCCCUUGGCCGCUCUGGGAGCUGCAUUGCUGUGGAUGGGCUGGUUUGGAUUCAAUGCCGGUUCGGCAUUGGCCGCUGGAGCUGUGGCAACAUCGGCCGUCGCCUCCACCCAGAUCGGUGGCAGUUUCUCCGGCAUCGUCUGGAUCAUCCUCUCAUGGCUAAAGGGCAAGCCAUCAACUGUGGCCGUGAUCAACGGAGUCAUCGCCGGUUUGGCAGGCAUCACACCGGCAUCCGGCUACAUCAACUCGCAGUACUCCAUUGGACUGGGCAUCACGCUGGGACUGGCCUCCUACCUAUCUGUAUACAUUAUGAAGCACCGUCUGCACGUCGACGACGCCCUGGACGUGGGCUCAGUGCACGGCCUGACCGGAAUGAUUGGCGCCAUCGCCAUUGGCUUCUGCGCGCAAAAGUCCAUCAACCCCGCCGGCCAAGACGGUCUGUUCUACGGCAAUGCCCACCUGCUUGGCAUCCAGAUCAUGGCGGUGGUCGUCGCCGCAGCCUGGUCUGGCCUGGUCACCAUCGUCCUGAUCGUCAUCAUCGACAAGUUCAUUGGUCUGCGCAUCGACGACUCUGAGGAGGAGCACGGCCUUGACCUCGUCGAGCACGGCGAGUACGCCUAUCACAAGAUAUCAAUGGUUGACAACUACGAAGAGCCAGCCUACAACCAUAUCAAUCAUGGUGUUGGAAACAUC